AAGAAACGAAAUAAAUCAUAUGAAAAUCGUGUAUGUACAUUUGUCAGAUCUUUGUUCAGACUUUCUUAAUAUUAUUAUAGUUAUUAACUAUUAAUCGAAAUGACAUCAAAACCUGAAAUUACUUUGGAGCACUUUUAUAUCUUCAAUGGAACAUAUGCAAAAAAAGAAGGCGAAGAGGAGAAAAAGAUACUUUAUUAUUACCCAGAAAAAGAAUUAGAUGUGCAAAUUAAAAACAUAGGUCUUAGUGAAGCAAUUAUUAAAUUCACAGAAUCUUUCAAUCCUGGACAACCUUGUGAUUAUUGUCAUACACAUAAAACCCGUCAAAUUUACUAUCAACCAGAACCAGAUUUUUGGAUGGUAAUGAUUGUUGGUAUACCAUACAUCUGUAGAGAAAAGGAUGGUAACAAAUAUAUGGAAUAUCAAAAUGAUGAAGUCUCAAGUAGUGUUUGUCAAGCUAUAUUAAAACAAACCUAUAUUAUGUUUCGAUUAUUUAUGGGUUCUUUUGAAACAAUAAUCAAUGAUCCUGAUUGUGGUUCUAUAACUCUAUUAAAACAUAAACUCGAGCAUUUCUUUUCAAGAUACCUGCUAUCACUAAAAUUAAAUAACAGUGAUAUUUUGGAUGUUUUUCAAGGUUUACAAUUUUUACCUCUUGACAAAAUCACAUUUUUACAAGUGCAAUGCUUUAUGAAUCUUGUAGAAGCAAUGUUUUCUCAAGUAAAAUAUACAGCAUUCCUUUACAAUGAUCAGGUUGUAUGGAGUGGAUUAGAACCAGAAGAUAUGCAAGUAGUAUAUAAUUAUUUAGUAAGCACAUUAUUACCAGCUCAUCUUGAAAAAGAAUUACAUGGAGGAUCAAUGCCUCGAAAUUCUCCAUCGCCAUUUACAAGUUCUCAUUAUGGAAAGUUUAUUAUUGGACCUUCCAGUAUCAAUGAACCAAGUUUAGUAGGAAAAUCUCCCACAGUUUUCAUUAAUUAUUCAACCAAACCUGUGUCUUUAUAUUUAGUUGUGUAUCGUGCAUUGAGUGCUACAAUAUGUCUCUUUGUUGACAGUAAAACCAAUUUGUUAAUAGACUUUUUUAAGAGUUUAGAUAGUUUUCUUGGCCCACAAUUAACUACAUUAGUUAGUUGUGUAGCUGAACAAUGUGCAAAACAUGUAAUAGUAACACCAGAAUCAUCUACAAAAUAUUUAUAUUUUAAUAAACUUAAUCUUGCUUACAAAAGUACAAUACAUUUAGACAAUAGAAGAUGUUCUAAUGUAUUAACUACUCCUGAAGUAUUAAGGAUUAUUACUGAUAUAUAUAAUGAUACAAAUAGGUUAAAGGAAGCUGGUGAGAUCAUUAUUAAAACUAUAAGUGAUUAUUGGGUUAUUGGAAAAUUAUCAAAUUUGAGGGAAUUUUUUGUUGUAAUACAGCAAAAGAGUGCCAGUAUUCUAGAGAUUGAUGAUGAAGUAAAAAGACUUUGUGACAAACAGUUAAAAAGUAUAUUUUUCCACUGAAUAAAUCUCGAAUGUUUAAAAAAUUUAGAAAAUGUAUAUUUCAACAAAUAUUAAUUUUUAUUUGUAACUGUAAAAAACAAAGAUACUUUUAACUAUGUAUCAAUAGAAUAUUAUUUGCAAACUGAUCUUUUAAUUGCAAUUCUACAAACAAGUUGUAUAAUUUAUUUCUUUAAUGUUAUGUAAAAUAUAUAUAAUGUAUCCAUAUAUAUAUUUAAAUGUAUCUAUUUUCUUAAGGCACGAUAUAAACAUUAUAAAAUCAUUUUACAUUUUUACUAUUUCCUUUAUUUGUUCUUGUUUAGGAAUAAUAUUGGAAAACUUUUUAAGUUUUGCUACAAAAAAUCCAUCCAUAUUGUGUGCAUGUGGAUAAAAUCGUUUAGACAAUUUAAGAGAAGGAUGAAACCUAUAUUGUCUAUAAUUUGUAAAACCAUCUGCACCAAAUUCUAAACCAGUAGGUACUAAUUUGACAUCACGUUUCUUCAAAGCAUAAUCAACAAUCCACUCAUUUUCUUCUGGAAGAACUGAACAUGUUGAAUAAACUAUAAUACCACCUGA